GGUUUGCAGUAAACAGUGACUCGAGGGACGAUGAAACCAGCUGGGCGGGAACGAGCAUGGCGGGUUUGUUGGCAACCGUGCUAUAAUAGAGCCUCGUGCGGGUUUCUCCUUUGUCCGUGUUUGUCCUACCGAUACUCCUUCCAUCCUCCUGUUCUCAUGCCCCUGAGGUAGAUACCCUACCGAUCCUCGCUCGGGCUUCUUCCGUCUGGGAGUGUCUUCGAUGUUUACAUCCGUUUCUGUUCGAUUCCUUUUCCUGAGUUGCCUCGGACGGACGGGUGCAGUGGCUCUUCUCGGCUGGCAGCAACCUCACCACGAUGCCACGGAAGAGGCUAUCCACAAACGAGACAUGGGGAUACAGGUUAUAUCGACCAGACUGUCCACUAUAUACGCCAGUGGUGAUCCAUUCGCGUCACGGACUGCCGACUUCGGGGGUGACUUCCGGAUUGACGGUGCGAACCAUGUCUGGGGGUUUUGUGCUACCACCAAUAUCGCGGUAGAACAGUGCAGUCUAGUUGGGAGAUGCUUCGAUAGCCAUGAUUGUACUUCAGGCUGUGGGUCAACUGCUCCGUUCUCUGAUGGUACAUUCACUGGCGCCCCCUUGGGUACGAUUACCUGCCGGGAUGCCAAGUUUCCUGCUUGCUCGACAGCAAUUCUGAGUCCGCAACCCUUUGCGCAACAGGUUACCUGGCUUGCUUGUGGGGAAGGAGCCGUUACAGAGGUGUACUUCGGCUUCACAACUGCUGUAGCAUUGGAUCUGGAGUCAUCGACAUCGGCAGAAACAUCGCGUCCGACAGGCUCCUCGCCAACAGCUUCCGGUCGGAUACAGUCUACCAGCCCUGAGUCGCGAACCAAUGUCCCAAGCGCCACGGAAUCUCGCUCUGACGGUUCAGUAUCGACAACGCCGACCGACCCCAAUACCGGAGAUGGCACCACGAAGAACGAUAGCAGCAAUAACAUGGGCGCUAUCAUAGGCGCCGCGAUUGGUGGAUUGGCACUCCUGUGUGGGUUUAGCAUCGCCGUCGUCUGGAUUCUGCGCCGGAGCCGAAACGCGAAGCCCAGGCCAUCGUCACGCUCCGACCCAUCUUCGUCGGUUAUCAGCGCGCCUCUCAACUUGAAGCCGGAACUGGAUGCGGUAUGGAGCGGACGCUCUGAGCUGUUUGCCCGAGGGCCUGCUGCUUACGAUACCGCGAGCCCUCGUCUUCGCUACCCCCCUAUGACACCGGUUGAACUCCCCACUACCCCUGGUGUGAGGUGACAAUGAGGGUUCAACGAAGAGGUUGUGUUUUGUAUUGAAUAUUGUAGGGGUUUUUGUCUAUAUUCGCGGUUCACAUUGGGAAGAAAGAGGGAAUGAUACCGUGAGAACAAUGGGGUUUAGUGCAUUGUUGGGAGUUGGUGGGAUAUUGGCGCCUUUGGGUUGCGAUUAGAGUACGCAAAUCCUCUAG